GAAGAGAGGAAACUGCUGCCCCCUCUGGGAAUUGGCAUCAUAAUUAUAUAGGAAGCGGAACAGUCUGCCGUCUGUUAGAGCUGGAGCUGGCUGCAGGCGGGUCACACAUGUCCGCUAAUGUGCAGUGAACAACUGGUCAUACCAUGGAUGUGGAUGUCUGACACUGUUUGCAAGAGUAAGAAGAGGAAGCAGCCAUGUCUGAGAAGAAACCACGAGGUUCGGACACGCGUCCCAAAUGUGGCCUCCGCAGUUGGAGUGCAGACAGUUAUAUUUGGCGGAGGAAGAAACGCUCCCGGAGCUCCCGCAACGGGUCGAGUCCCGGAGGGCUGGAGGCGGAGGGGACAGAGGAGCUUGGUGUGCGGUCAACAUCCUGUCCGAGGCGGCGCAGAGAGAGAAAGUGUAGCUGCAGCACUCUCGGGGAAGCAUUGACAUCUACAGACAUUGAUGAAGUGUGUCGGAAAGCCCUGUCCCGCCGCUCUCUGCGGCAGAAGUUUCAGGAUGCUGUUGGCCAGUGUUUUCCUCUGCGCUCUCAUCAUCACCACCACCAUCAUCACCACCACCAUCCAUCGGGCUCCUCGCGACCCUUCUCAGUGCUCUUCUGGUCCAAACGCAAGAUCCACGUCUCAGAGCUCAUGCAGGACAAGUGUCCCUUCUCGCCCAAAUCUGAACUGGCCCGAUGUUGGCACCUUAUCAAAAAUCACGCCACCCACCCAAGUGCCCUCAAGGACAUGGACAUGGAGGCUCCCCUCAAACCCAACGCCUCAUCUUCCUCUUCCUCCCCACCCCAGACCCCUCUCUCCUGGGAGGACAUCUGCUGCUCUCCUGGGCCUGGAGGCACCAGUCUGGAGGACUGGAACCCUUCUUGUCCUCAUGGAGGAGCAGAGGGCAGCUGUGGCCACACUGACUACAUCCUGGUCCCAGAUCUGCUCCAGAUCAACAACAGCUCCUGUUACUGGGGUGUGUUGAACCGCUUUGAGGCAGAGGAUCUGCUGGAGGGCAAACCGGAGGGAACGUUUCUUCUCCGAGACUCUGCCCAGGAUGAGUUCCUCUUCUCAGUCAGCUUCCGUCGCUACAGCCGCUCCCUGCACGCACGCAUUGAGCAGAACGACAAGCGUUUCAGCUUUGAUGUGCGUGACCCGUGCAUGUACCGGGAUCCAAGUGUGACAGGACUACUGAGACACUACAGUGACCCGGCUACCUGCCUCUUCUUUGAGCCCCUCCUUUCCCGGCCGCUACCACGGACCUUCCCUUUCACCCUCCAGCACCUGUGCAGGGCUGUGAUCUGUAGCCACACCACCUACCAGGGCAUAGAUAACCUGCUGCUGCCUCCUCAGCUCAGGGACUACCUCCGACAGUACCACAUUAAGUGUGACGGGGCCUGCGCUGUGUGACAGUCCAAAGCAGACCUCAUACCGUGAUAGGCAAAGAUAGGACAAGCAAAGGCAGGUUCUCUUGGCAAAGAGACAAGAAUAUUGCCAUUGAAUUCCAAGUACAUUUGCUGUUGCAGAUCUUUGAGGUCUAAAAGGUGAGGAACUGGAGAGUUCUUUAAAAGAUGUUUGUUGAUCUAGAUGCAUCAAGAGAUAGAACAAUUAAACCUACAAAGCCUUCUCUACAGGUCUGAACUCAUUUACUGUAGGAACUCAAGGGUGUAAUGUCUCUUCCUUCAGUACUAUGGGAUGGCUUGAAGCCUUCCAGCCAUCUUGACAGCUACGUCAAGAGACACUUGUAAUUAAUAAGCAAUCAUGCCCCAAAACACUUGCCUUAAUAUUCUUAAUGGAGUAAGGACUCUCACCAAAACGUUAAAAUGUAACCCUCACUCUUUGUGGAAUAUUGACUCAUGAAGUUGGAGCGUUUUCCUCUUGACUUCAGUGCAAUCAGAGUUGUCUUGUUUGGGCAUCUUGUAUAUCUAGUGGCCACUAGAGGAACUGCACCUUUCAUGGUUUCCUGGCUGAGACCAUACCUCCUUUAAUGUACCGUAAUGUCAUAAAAAUGUGAUUCUUUGCAAUUGUUGUUGUCCUGCACUAUACCAGUGCUGUCAAAGGUUCGAGGUACAGAGACUCCAACUGCAUCUAGUUGUAUCCAAACAUAUUAAUUCCUCAUUCACUUUCCAACUAAAUAACAUUUUAGACCUAUUCCCUUGUUAGGGUGAAAUGGUACAGUGUGGUCCUUUCCAACAUUGCCAUAUAAACACUUUUGUAGUCAGUGUGU